GUACAUUUAACCGCCCAGCGAAAACUAUGGUCAAAGUUGCCGUUGCCGGUGGAUCAGGCCACAUUGGCGCGAACAUCGUCGAAGCCAUCCUGAAGACGGGAAAGCAUACUCCAGUCAUCCUCUCCCGGUCGACCAAGUCCAGUGACUCGAAAGUCGAAAUCCGCGUAGUCGACUACUCUGACCACUCUAGUCUCGUUUCCGCACUUCGGGAUGUCCACACCGUGAUUGUGACUCUGUACACCGCUGAUGCUAAAGAGGCAGUCGGAAGUCAGGUCGCACUUCUCAACGCCGCGAAAGAGGCAGGCGUGAAAAGGUUCGCACCUUCGGAAUGGGGAGCUAGGGAUAAUACUGGAUUUUUCUUCAAUCACCCGAAGCUCGAAGUUUGGGAUGCUGCGAAACAGUCCGGGCUCGAAGUCACACGGUUCAUCCCUGGCAUGUUCAUCAACCUUUUCGCGGGAGGAUCCAACCUCCCCUCCGAGAAAGAGGCUCUCUCGCACUUCACUCAAGGAAACUUGUUCAUAGACGCUCGCGCCGGCACAGCAGACAUUCCUGGAGACGGCACAACCAAGGUCACGUUCACCUCCGCACAGGACACAGCGAAAUUCGUCGCCGCGAGUCUGGACCUGGAGACGUGGGAAGAGGUGAGCGGGAUUUCUGGAGAGGCGAAGACGUUUGAUGAGGUGGUGGAUGUUGUGGACAAGAUUACCGGGAAGAAGUUGACGAGGACGUAUCUGAAGGAGGGGGGUGGAGAGAGAGCAGAGAAGCUAUUGGAGAACAAGUUUGUUUCUGAGGUCUCCAAGUCUAUUGUAGCUGGCCAUUUAUAUGUGGAGCCUACGCUAAACAGGAAGCUCCCUCAUCUUCGUCCGCUCACCGUGGAAGAGUAUCUUGGGCACUACUGGGAGGGUGCGGACUGGUCAACGCCGGCAGCGUCUGCGUAGAAUGUGCGUUUGUGGUCUGAUUAUCGAAUCUAAAUGUAUACAUUGUGUUCUCAUUGUUGGUGAGGUUCAAAUCGCCUCAUAGUACUUCUGGAUAAGUACAUACGAGACUCCUAAUAAAGAGGGUUUUAAUCAAUAUCAG